CUUCAUUCAGUGUUUACAAACUUGUUAUUGACUCGCCAGGGAGAACGUCAAUUUUCUCGUGUAAUAUUUCCCGAAAAUUAGACAAAAUUACGAAAAAGAAGAACGGCCUACUUAUGGAGAGUAAGGAAGUGACCAAUCUAAAACGACCGGUAGAAACAGCAGAAGAAGAUGACGUACGGAAAGGGAAAAAGAAGAGGGGGAAGGCUGAAGUGGAGGAGGAACAGACCGCCACUGAAGUGAAAGAGGAAGUGAAAACGGAGAAGACGGAGAAGGAAGAGGCUGACGGAGAAGCGGAGCAGGAUGACCCUACAGUUGGCUUGGAAGGAGCCUCGUUCCAGAGUCGCAUGCCCUCGGACAAGCUCACCACCCUGGAGGGAUCGCUCUUCUCCGACAUCGUGAAGAGCCCCCCUCCCACUCACCGGCUCUUCCUCCACAUCAGGAACAGAAUCUUGCAAAUGUGGCUUGAAAAUCCUCUGCAAGAACUGACUUAUGAAGGUGUCAUGGCAAACCUCGAACAACCUUUCAACUCUGAGAGUGUGUUGUGUGCUCGCAUCCAUGCCUAUCUAGAACGCCAUGGGUACAUCAACUUUGGCAUCUUUAAGCGUGUGAAGCCAUUGCCGCAGAAGAAGUAUGGGAGCAUCAUUGUCAUUGGUGCUGGCAUUGCGGGACUAGCAGCUGCCCAACAACUCAAUUCCUUUGGAUUUGAAGUCAUUGUGUUGGAGGCGAGGGACCGGGUUGGGGGCAGGAUUGCAACCUUCCGAAAGGGGGCAUACAUCGCUGACCUUGGAGCGAUGGUGGUGACAGGUUUGGGAGGCAACCCCCUUAAUGUCCUCUCCAAGCAGAUCAACAUGGAACUCAUUUGUAUCAAGCAGAAGUGCCCACUGUACGAAUCCAACGGGAAUACGGUGUUAAAGGAUAAAGAUGAGAUGGUCGAGAGGGAAUUUAAUCGUCUCCUAGAAGCAACCAGCUUUUUGUCCCAUCAGCUUGAUUUCAAUUACGUUGACAACCGCCCUAUUAGUCUCGGAGAGGCGCUAGAGUGGGUUAUCAACUUGCAAGAAAAGAAUGUUAAAGAAAAACAAGUUAAUCAUUGGAAAACAGUUGUCAAAUUACAAGAGAAGCUCAAGACUGUUUUAAAUAAGAUGCACACACUUCAUGGAAAGAUUGAAACCCUUCAUAAAGAGCAUGAACAGCUGAGCGAAAAGAGAAAUUCCCGAAAUAUCACAAAUGAAUUUGUUUACCGCGUAAAGCUGCGGGAAUUGCAGAAUGCUUGCAAGGAGUGGGACCAGCUAGUUGAACAACAACGAGAGAUCGAGGACAAACUGCAAGAACUUGAGGCUUCUUCUCCGAGUGACGUCUAUCUCUCCUCCCGCGACAGACAAAUCUUGGACUGGCACUUCGCUAAUCUCGAAUUUGCCAAUGCCACUCCCUUGCAUAACCUCUCCCUCAAGCACUGGGAUCAGGAUGACGACUUUGAGUUCUCAGGCAGCCACCUCACAGUUCGAAAUGGAUACUCGUGUGUUCCAGUAGCCCUCAGUGAAGGCCUAGAUAUCCGCCUAAACACUGCAGUGCGCAAAAUAUUAUACACAAACACUGGGGUUGAGGUCACGGUGUCGAAUGCUCGUAACCAUUCCAAUCCAGCGACUUUAAAAGCUGAUGCAGUUCUGUGCACACUACCUCUGGGUGUUUUAAAGCAGUCGGUUAUUGCCAACCAGAAUGCUCCACACACUGUCACGUUCAGCCCACCUUUGCCACAGUGGAAAGUUGAUGCUAUCUCAAGACUAGGAUUCGGAAAUCUCAAUAAGGUCGUUUUGUGUUUUGAUCGGGUGUUCUGGGAUCCAAAUGCAAAUCUCUUUGGACACGUGGGAUCUACCACAGCAAGCAGAGGUGAGCUCUUUCUCUUCUGGUAUUUGUACCGUGCUCCAGUACUCCUAGCACUGGUCGCAGGAGAAGCCGCGGCAAUUAUGGAAAAUGUCAGUGAUGAUGUCAUCGUUGGCCGUUGCAUUGCUGUGCUUAAGGGAAUCUUUGGCAACUCGUCUGUACCACAGCCUAAAGAAACAGUAGUGACCAGAUGGCGUGCAGAUCCUUGGUCCAGGGGCUCUUACUCUUUUGUCUCCACGGGGGCAUCCGGCAACGACUACGACAUCCUGGCCACUCCCAUCUCUCCGCACCAGGCCAAUCAGAACCCACAGAAUUCACAGAACUCAAAUGAAGCACCUUCCCCACCUCCGAGACUGUUCUUCGGAGGGGAGCACACCAUCCGAAACUAUCCUGCCACAGUCCACGGAGCCCUGCUGAGUGGUCUGCGCGAGGCAGGACGGAUUGCAGAUCAAUUCUUGGGCUGUCCUUAUGCUGCCCCGUCCUCACCUCCCACGAACGGCACUGCCAAGAUCGAGACUUAGUGCUCCGGGAAGGUUGUACGUCUAAGCUAAUUUAAAGGGGGGGGGGGGCAGCUUCUCAGAUCUAGCAGUUGAGUGUUAGUUUUAAUCCUCGUAAAGACUAUUGGCAUCUUCUUUUCUCUCUCUCUCUCUCUCUCGUAUCUUUUUUUUUCUCUAGGAGGUUGUCUACUUAUUUUGUUUCAGAGUCAGAUGAAGGAUAUUAUGUUUCUCUUUUGAAUUUCUUGCUUUAAUGUUAACUUUGAAGCAAACAAAUCAGUACUUUGUUAUUAGAAUGAUAUACAAGCUGAGAGGGAGAAAAAAGAAAAAGAAAAAGAAAAAAAAUAGACCACUAUUAUUUUAGUCAUGGAGUUUAUACAGAAAAUAAUUUAAUUAAAUAAUUUCAGAAUGACAGUGCACAAUAUCUACAGUGCCAUUAUAUCUCAUUUGUGCUAUUUUAUAUUCAUACUACAAAACUAAGAAAUAGAUUUGAAAAAAGCUUAUCACCAUAAAACUAGUUUUGUAUUUGGAUGCUCUAGAAUUUUUAAAAGCUAGGGUUCAAAUUUCGUAAAAUACUAUUUAUAAGUCCAGUAUUAAUUUACAUACAUGUACAUAGCCUCCUUUUGGUUUGUAGUAAUUGAUAAAGGAGACCUUUCAGAAAUCAGUGCGUUUUAAGUGUGAUAAGAUUAGCAUUUACAUAUGGUAUUUUUGUUCAGGUUUGUCCUCCAUCAAGGUACAUUUACUUGUAUACUGUAUGUGUGUAAAUGUGCUUUAAAUGUUCAAAAUAAUGACUGUUUAUAGUCAUUGAUUUGUAAAGAAUUUCUCUCCAGGUGUAACUAUUCAGCCAAGUGUAUUUAGUUGUUUGUUUUCUACAUUUUCAAUUUAAACUCAAUUAUAUCAAAAUAUCAAAGAAGUUUAGAUAGUUUAUGAAAAAAUACAAAGCUCACAAAAUCCCCAAUGCUUUUUCCCCAAAGGCCAUUUUCACUUUAGGUUUAAACAUUGGAUCCCUUCUUUUUUUUUGUAUAUAUAAUUUCAAUGUCAGCAAUCUAGGUUCCAUCCACUAUUUCAAGUCUUCAUUUGACUCCUGAAUAGCAAUAUCAGGCUAAGGUUAUAUGCAUUUACAAAAACAAACAGAAAAAGGUACAAUCUUUUGACAUCAUACGAGAGUAAGAUGCCAAACUUAAGAUAAUGAAUUUCUUGCUUUUAUAUUCCUAUUUUUUAAGCACUUAAAACUAUAAAAAAAGUAAAAAGUCAGUGCUUUGCCACAUUAUAACUUCUGUCUUUAAAUUAUUAUAUCAUGUGUGGCAGAUCACUGAUUCAUGGAAGUCACUCUCAGGUUUAAAGCCAGAGAAUGUAGCCAGUCCUUAAUUAAAGGAAAAAUUAAGUAA